AAAGUGGUUGAACAAUCGUGGUACAAGGCGUGAAAGACAGGUAGGGAAAAACGUUUAUAGUGAUUGCUGAAAAAAAAUUUCUUGGUGAGUUUUAUCAAAAAAUUUUGGCAGUUGUAAACAAGAAGUGAGAAGUGAGUAACAUGGGUUCUUCAACGAGUGGAAAAAAACAUAAGAAAGAUAAGAAACAUAAACAUCGUAGCAUUGAUGGAGUUCAAGAAGGCGAAAGUUCAUCUUCACAUCGUCACCAUAAACACAAACGUCACAAGGAACAUAAGGAGCGCCACCGCCAUAAGAAGCACCGGGAACGAGACCGCGAGCGUGAGAAGGAGCGUCAACGUCCCACGGAAGUGAUUGCGCUUGAGGAGUCGGACUCAGAUGACAGUUCUGAUUGUGUUGAGGUACCCCUGGAUGAUCUGCCAGUGAGAUCUUAUGGAAAAGACAGUGAAGUUGAACCACCACCGCCGCCGCAGCUCUCGAGGCAUAUUAAUGAACGAGAAAAGGAUUAUGAACGUCUCAAGGAGUUGGAACGCGCCAAAGAACGUGAAAAAGAGAAAGAAUGGGCUCGUGAGCGUGAACGAGAAAAAGAACGGGAGCGCUAUGAAAGGGAACGAGAAGUGGAGCGACGUAAAGAAAAAGAUAUAGAUCGUGAACGCAUGGAAAGAGAUCGAGAACGUGAACGAGAUAAGGAGCGUGCCCGGGAUCGAGAAGUACGUGAAAAAGAGCGUGAUCGUGAGCGGGAACGUGUACGAGGACGAGAGCAUCGUGUUGAGCCAGAUCGGCACCAUCGUGAACGUGACCGCGACAGACCUGUAGAAAAACCGAAAGAUCGCCAACCCCGCGAAAAACGUUCACCAUCGCCUAUCCCUGAAAAUGGAGCUGGCGAUAGCCUUUCUAUUGAAGAAACAAAUAAGCUGCGCGCCAAAUUGGGUUUAAAACCUCUUGAAGUUGAUAGUGGCCCUACAAAACCGUCGUCAACUUCUAUUGCUGCAGCCGCAGAAGCGAAAAAGGUGCAGCCUGGUGAAAAAGAACUCUCGGCUUAUAAAGAUGAAUGGGGCGAGUUCUUACACAAGCCGGCAGCGAAUUUGAAAGAUAAGGCGGAAGCUGAAAAAAUGCGUGAGAAACUGAAACAACGAAAAGAAAAACGAUUCCUGGAAAAUCAGUUGGCACGUAUACGCACACUAGGCGAAUCAGACGAGGAAGCGGAUGAUGUAUCCAAAUGGGUCUCCCGAAGCAGACGUGCGGUCGAUGAAAAGAGGGAGGCUGAAAAAAGGGCAAGAAUGAUCGAAGAAAUGGAUGCAGAGUUUGGUGUAAAUGAUUUAGUGGAAAAAGAAAAGGAUGCCGCCCGUCGCAAGGCCUACAACGAUAAGCACCUGAAAGGAUUGCGAGUGGAGCACGACAUGAAUGAGUUCACCGAAGGUAAGACGGUCAUAUUGACGCUAAAAGAUAAGGGCGUUUUGGAUGAAGACGAAGAUGCUUUGGUGAACGUAAAUUUGAUUGACGAAGAGCGGUAUCGUAGAAACAUCGAAAACAAGAAACAAAAUCCUCUCAGCUAUGGCUAUAAUGUGUACGAAGAGCAGUACGAUGAAUUUGGUAAUCCAAUUGAACGCGGAAUUUUGGAGAAAUACGAUGAAGAUCUUGAUGGAAAUAAAAAGAAGAGAGACUUUGUUAUUGGCGAUAGCUUGGAAGAAGAACGCGAGCAUCAGAGAAAAUUGCUAGCGAUAAAAACUAAAUUAGCAGGAAAACGGCUGGAGACGCUAGAGGAUGCUAGAAUCGUGCUAGCCUCAGACACAUUUUCCGAAGCCGAGUUGACAAAAUUCAAAAAACCAAAGAAAAAAGUAAAGAAAUUGCGGAGAAAACUCAAGGUUGAGGAUUUGUUGCCUCUGGAUAACGAGCCAAUGGAACAGCAUCUGGGUAAUCGGAGAAAACGGCAACGCGACGACGACAAUAUGGAGACAGAGGACAUAAAAGACGCAGUGGCCGAAGUGAAAGCUGAAGAUGAAGAUGAUGAUCUUGAGCGUAUGCUCUCCAAAGCGCGCAAGUUAAAGCAAAAAGAGAACAUAAUUAAGAAACCACUCCCCAUCGAUGUGAACAGCAUCAAGCAUGAAAUUAAAACAGAGCCCGUUGAUGGUGCAGACGAUGAGGGUGGUAUACGUGGUGCAGAUGGCAACAUUGUGCUCAAUGCCACGGCCGAAUUCUGUCGCACACUUGGUGACAUACCUACUUAUGGUAUGGCCGGAAACCGCGACGAAGACUCCAACGAUAUGAUGGACUUCGAAACGAAUGACGGCAACGAGGAUCGCAACAACGAUCGUCACAAUGAGCCCGAGCUUAAUCAUGGCACUUGGAAUUCGGUUAAUCCCGAUGAGAUCAUACAACCUGCGGAGUUUGAGGAUAUUGCCGAAAAUCUAGAAGAGGUAGCAAUUCUGGAUGAAGAGCCUGAUGUUGGUGCAGGUGUGGCGAACGCCUUGCGCUUGGCUUUGUCCAAAGGUUAUCUUGAGAAAGAGGAGCACAAUCGGCCGAGUAACUCGAAGAUGGCGCAUCUGCAGGCGAAAAAUUAUUCCAUCGAAGACAAAUCGGCAGUUGAAGAUGAUAAGUUUGGUAGACGUGAUCGCUUCCAUGCUGGACCCAUUAUGGACUUCAAAGACAAAGACAGUUUCAAGCCAAACGUCAAGUUGGAAUAUAUUGACGACAAUGGACGCAUACUGAAUUCAAAGGAGGCGUUUCGCUAUCUAUCGCACAAAUUUCAUGGCAAGGGACCAGGCAAAAAUAAAAUCGAGAAGCGUCUAAAAAAAAUGGAACAAGAAGGCCUGAUGAAGACCAUGAGCUCAACAGACACACCUUUGGGCACACUUACCAUGUUGCAGCAGAAGCAAAAGGAGACGAAAACACCUUUUGUGGUGCUAAGCGGAGGAAAGCAAACGGCGGCAGUUAGUGGUGCGACGAUAUCCAAAUAUAAGUAGGGUAUACGUUAAGUAGUUGUUUUGUUAGUUUAGAAAGUUACGAAUGCAUUUUUUCGUACCAUUAAUUAUUUUCACAUAAAAUGAAAAUUAGUAAGCAUUUCAAUACAAUACCAAAAUGAAAAUUGCAAUAGCCCAAACGGACAUUUUUUAUGUAACCACGCGUAACCGUUACGCAUAACGAUAUUUUAAAAAAUAAUAAUCCACUACUUAAAUAAUUCUCAUUCUGAAUGCUUACAAUAAAUUGAAUGCGCCUAAAAAAUGCAAUACAACAAAUAUAAAAUA